UUUAAUUUUUGUUUGGGAGGGUGGAAAAAAAAAAAAAAAAAAAAGAAUGGCAACUCCAAACAUGGCUACAAUCACAGCAUCUUUAGAGAGAUCCCUGCAAAACUGCUCCCUGAACCACCAACAGAGCAGCAGCACCACCACCACCACCAGCGGCGGUGGAGGAGCGGCGGCGCACGGUUCAGAUUCGCCGCCGAUUCCGGCGGCGGAGGAGGCCGCCCUGGAACUGAAUUCUGAAGGCUCUCUCCCUUUCCAUUGGGAGCAAUGCCUCGAUUUAAAGACAGGCGAAAUAUAUUACAUAAAUUGGAGGACCGGGAUGAAAGCGAAAGAGGAUCCGAGGAACACGGCGGUGGAGUAUGGCGGCGGCGGCGGCGGUGAAUAUUACUCGGAGGAUGAUAACAGCUCGUACGACAGCGAAGGGUCGUCUUCGGAAUCGUGUCCUUCUUCGUCACGAGAGCAAUGGAGUUAUCAAGAAAAUUAUAAUUGUCAAGAAGAUAACGAAAAUGAAGAUAAAAAUAACAACGAUAAUAAUAAUAAUUCGGGUAAUGUGCUUGUUGUGGCCGGAUGCAAGAGCUGCUUAAUGUACUACAUGGUGCCCAAACAGCUCGACGUUUGCCCCAAAUGUUGCGGUCAACUCCUCCACUUCGAUCGAUCCGAAAACCUCUCCAACUGAGUUUUUUUUUUUCUUUUUUUUUUCAUAACCAUAAAUUUGCUGUUGUGUUUAUUUUUUAUGAAUAUUUUGGUGGAGUGUUUAGUAUUGGGAUAUUGAGGAAAGAACGAAAAAAGUAUGAUCAAAUAUUGAUUGUUGCUAAUUUAUUACAUGUUGUUUUGGGUUUCUUGAUUUUGUUUCUGCAUUUAUGUAUUUGUUUCAGUUGUUUUUCAUGCAUUUAACU